ACUAGCUCAGCCUCCCGUCCUCGACUCGCCCGCCACGUCGUAGCCCACCGAAUCCGCACACAACCACCAGUGCUCGGUCACAGACCAAUAGCACCAUGUUCGAGGAGAUAUGUCUCACCUGCUCCAAGCAGCUCGCCGAUGACGGCCGUGCUUAUUGCAGCGACGAGUGUGAACUCCUCGAUUCUCACACCUCUCCGUCCAUGUCUUCUGCAAGUAGCGCUCUUUCCUCUCCAUUCAUCGAGCACACCAAAGGCGGCGAAGUCCCGCCUCUCGUUCCCUCGGCACUCGGCAGCGCACUUCAACGCUACAAUAAACGCGACCGGUACUCCGUCUCUUCUUCCUCGACCUCAUCCGCAUCCUGGUCCGUCUUUACGGAUGACCAGGAGGAUGAUCACAUUGCAAUCAACGACGGCCUGUCCGAUGAUGACGGUUCCGACGCUCACGCUGAGCACGUCCGCUCCCACACUGGUCUUCACUCCAGUGCCCCCGGUCUCAUCUACGCUCGGCGACCUUCGGCUACCAAUAACCGCUCCGUCAUUCCCCUCUUGCACCGUCUCCCUUCCUCGAGCUCCGCCGAAAUUGACCUAGAAUAUGACGAUACAACCUCACAGCAGGACAAUCCCCUAGACGGAACUCCCGAGAAAGUCAGCGACAGGUCAACGCUCACCUCCAAAUCGAAGAAAAGCCGGAACAGAACAAGCCUUCCUGCAUGCUUUACACGGCUGCAAAUAAGUUCCCCACAGCGUUCUCCCCCAGCUGUUGCCAGCACAGACAGCACCACUCCUGCUAAAAUGUCGCCCCCUACUCCAAGGCUGGCGACUCUGCUCUCGAUCGCCAGUCGUUCGCAGAUAACUCCUCGUGGGCGGCGACCUGAACCUGGUUGUUCUCGCAGCUCCCAUCGAUCUCGUUCCCCUUCUCGCUCGCGUUCUCGCCACGCUACACUUGUUCCCGAGGGUCGUGGUCGUCCUGCUGACCUACGGGAAAGCAUCGAACACAUGUUCUCAUCUGCGGCCGUCUCUCGUGGACGACCAGCGAGGCGCAACAGCUCCCCGCUGCCCAAAAUGGUGCUUCACGUCGGAGACCGGUCUGGUGCCAUAUCCGAGUCUGGCAACCACACACGUCUCACCAGGGGUCGUAUGCGGAUUCACGAGCUUGAUGGACCAGGCUCCACUCUCGAUGCUCCCGCUUACGGGAAUGGACGAAGCGGCCUUAGAGAACGGGAACGUCUUCGUCUCACAGGCAUAGCUGUCUUGCAAUAAGUCCGCGCAACAUGACACGGUUCACCUAUUUCAAAAUCUCCCGGCUUCUCUUUGCCAUCCACGCCCACGUAUAUUUUUCUUAUUUGUCUUCAAGCUUCUGAAGACUCGAUGACCAAAAGCACAGCCGGGGAAAACCGCUCCAGCUUAGCCCGUGGGUGGCACCAGCCUACUGCAUUUCGCUCGUCCUUGCAUCGCUCUCGAUCGGCAUCAUUCACCUAUUCUUGGCUAUUCAUACAUCAUCCAUGCUCUUCGGUUUUGUUGCACUGUGCAAGAAAAUAAUGGAAAUCAUAGCAUCAAAUCAGCACUACUUUCAUUCGGCGGUCUAUCUAUUGUGACUUUUUAGCAUCAGAAAACAAGCAUCAUUCACCUAUACUCACAACUCGCUAUCUACUACAGUACUUUGUCGGUCACGUUUUCUCUCAUGCUAUCAAUCGAAAAACAGGAACAAGGAUUUUGAUUAGUGUUACUAUACAAACUCAUCACCUCUCUGCAUCAAACAAUCACGUAUGCUAGCUCACUAAUUCCUACUCUUACUAUACAAACUUUGCCCGAUGAAACUGGG